GCUAGCAAGCUAGGCUAUUUGUCGCCGGUUGCCGCCAAGGUGCGUUGCUACGUCAAAGGCGCAUUUUCACGGUUUCUUCUACGUUAAUUUCAAUUUUUUGUACAAUACUCACGGCGAGACGGAUUAAAACAUGUCCAGGAGACGACACAGUGACUCCUAUGACGGAGGCCAGGAUCACAAGAGGAGGAGAACCUCUGAGCCCACCGAGAUUGAAGACAGCCUGGAGUCUCUGAUAUGCAACGUGGGAGAAAAGAGCAAGUCGUCCUUGGAGAGCAACCUGGAGGGGCUCGCCGGCGUGUUGGAGGCCGACCUUCCCAACUACAAGAACAAAAUCCUUCGCAUUUUAUGUGCCGUGGCUCGCCUCCUCCCCGAGAAGCUGACGGUGUACACCACACUGGUGGGCCUCCUCAACGCCAGGAACUACAACUUUGGCGGCGAGUUCGUGGAAGCCAUGAUCCGGCAGCUAAAGGAGACUCUGAAGAACAACCUUUACAGCGAGGCCGUUUACUUGGUGCGCUUUCUGUCCGACUUGGUCAACUGCCACGUGAUUGCCGCGCCAUCCAUGGUGGCCAUGUUUGAGAACUUUGUCAGCGUUACGCAGGAGGAAGAUGUACCGCAGGUUCGGUCUGAUUGGUUUGUGUUCGUGGUGCUGUCCUGCUUGCCGUGGGUGGGCAAGGAGCUCUACGAAAAGAAGGAUGUGGAGAUGGACCGACUCCUCAGCCAGAUUGAAGGCUACCUCAAGAGGCGAGUGAAGACUCAUCUCCCGAUGCUUCAGGUGUGGACCGCUGAGAAACCCCACCCACAAGAAGAGUACCUAGACUGCCUUUGGGCGCAGAUCCAGAAGCUGAAGAAAGACCGCUGGCUGGAGCGCCACAUCCUGCGGCCGUACAUCGCCUUCGACAGUGUGCUGUGCGAGGCCCUGCAGCACAACUUGCCCCCCUUCACGCCGCCGGGGCACAUGCCCGACGCCCAGUACCCCAUGCCCCGCGUCAUCUUCCGCAUGUUCGACUACACCGAUGCCCCGGAGGGUCCGGUCAUGCCCGGCAGUCAUUCUGUGGAGAGGUUUGUCAUUGAAGAGAACCUGCACUGCAUCAUGAAGACUCAUUGGAAAGAGCGCAGAACCUGCGCCGCCCAGUUGCUCAACUACCCCGGCAAAAAUAAGAUCCCGCUCAACUAUCACAUUGUGGAGGUGAUUUUUGGAGAACUUUUCCAGCUGCCCUCACCGCCUCACAUCAACGUCAUGUACACGUCACUUCUGAUCGAACUGUGCAAACUGCAGCCCGGUUCGCUACCACAAGUCUUGGCCCAAGCCACAGAGAUGCUCUACAUGCGCCUAGACACCAUGAACACUACCUGCAUUGACAGACUCAUCAACUGGUUCUCCCACCACCUAAGCAACUUCCAGUUCCGAUGGAGCUGGGACGACUGGGCUGACUGUUUGACGUUGGAUCUCGAGAAACCCAAACCCAAAUUUGUCAAAGAGGUUCUGGAGAAGUGUAUGAGGUUGUCCUACCACCAAAGGAUGGUGGAAAUUGUCCCGCCCACCUUCGCCGCCCUCAUCCCGGCCGAGCCCGUCUUCAUUUACAAAUACGCCGACGAAAGCGCUUCGAUGUUGCCGGGUUACCCCUUGUCCAUCACCGUCAGCAACGCCAUUAAGAACCGAGCGUCCAACGAGGAGAUCCUCACCAUCCUCAAAGACAUGCCCAACCCCAACCAGGAUGACGAUGACGACGAAGGCGAGAGCUUCAACCCGUUGAAGCUGGAUGUCUUCUUGCAGACGCUUCUUCACCUGGCUGCGAAAUCCUUUAGCCACUCGUUCAGCGCCCUCGGCAAGUUUCACGAGAUCCUGAAGAACCUGACCGAGAGCGAUGAGGGCAAACUGCACAUUCUCAAGGUGAUCUACGAGGUGUGGAAAAACCACCCGCAGAUGAUCGCCGUGCUGGUGGACAAGAUGAUCCGCACGCAGAUUGUGGACUGCGCCGCCGUGGCCAACUGGCUCUUUUCUCAGGACAUGGCUCACGAGUUCACGAGACUUUACAUAUGGGAGAUCCUGCACUCGACCAUCCGCAAGAUGAACAAACACGUCCAAAAGAUCCAGAAUGAGUUGGAAGAGGCAAAGGACAAGUUGGAGAAGCAGCAAAAUAAGAGGCCGAGAGACAGCGGCGACGAAGAGGACAUGGAGAAGAACAGUGAGGACGAGGAGGGUCAGCUGGAGGAACAGAUCGAGAGGCUGCAGGAGAAGGUGGAGGCGGCCCAGAGCGAGCAGAAGAAUCUCUUCCUUGUCAUCUUCCAGCGCUUCAUCAUGCUGUUAACGGAGCAUCUGGUGCGCUGCGAGACGGGCAGCGUCAAUGUAAGCACGCCGUGGUACAAGAACUGCGUGGAGAGGCUGCAGCAGAUCUUCCUCAUGCACCACGUGACCAUCCAGCAGUACAUGGGCACGCUGGAGAACCUGCUGUUCACGGCUGAGCUGGACCACCACAUCCUGGCCGUCUACCAGCAGUUUUGUGCCCUUCAGCUCUGAAAAUCCUCAGCGGAACGUUCCGGCUCUUGCAUCAAGAAUCCCCCCCAGCCAUAAAAAAAAUAAUUUUAUUUACGACGGCGUUUUUUUUUUUUGUUUUUUUUUUUUUAAUUAUACAAGUUCCCUUUGAUGGACUCAAAGUCUAGAGAGAACCUUUUGAUUUUUUUUUUAUAUUUGUUUUAUGUGGAAUUGAAAAGGAAUUAAAA